CGACCGCAUGUGCAAGAAGCCAUGAUUGCCUCUGUCGUUUGUGUUGUCGCGGGAGUUCUCUCGUUGGUUUCCCAAGCCGGGGCCGCCAACAUCGCCUCUCUUGUUUCUCAGUUUUCUCCAUCCACCGAGGUUUUCUUUCCCAGCUGGUCCAAUUGGACAACCGAUACCGUUCAAAGAUGGACGGCUUGGGAGGAGCCGACCUUCUCUGUGGCGAUUAAGCCCGCGACCGUGUCAGAUCUGCAAAAGAUCGUCCGAUACGCCAACGCGUACAAUGUCUCAUUCUUGGCAACCGGUGGAGGCCAUGGCUACAGUACCUCUUUUGGAGCUCUUCAAAAUGGCCUGAAGAUUGACCUGGGAUUCCUCAAUAGCAUCACAAUCAACAAAGAUCAGAACACCAUGACCAUCGGCGGCUCUGUCAAAUUCUCAGACAUUAUGGAUCCUCUCUUCAAUGCCGGAAAAGAAAUCCAAACUGGUUCAUGUCCUUGCGUCGGCAUGGUUGGAGCCACUCUUGGUGGUGGCGUAGGUAGAUACCAAGGUCUUCACGGCCUCAUCCUAGAUGCUCUGCAGUCAGUGGAGCUUGUCACCUCCACAGGUGAUCUCAUCACUGUGUCUUCCACGAAGAAUUCAGACCUCUUCUGGGGUCUUCGAGGCGCUGGAUUCAACUAUGGAAUUGUCACCUCCGCCACGUAUCAAAUUUACGAUCUCACCAAUGAUGGCAACGUGCUCAAUGCGGACUUCAUGUUCCCUGCCAGUCUCAAUGAGACGUAUUUCAACAUUCUUGCUAGUUACCAAGAAUUACCCGCCGGUCUGUCCUUGUAUUCUUUGGUGAUGCAUGAUGCUUCUUUGGGACCUGUUAUUCUACUCAACGCUGUUUACCCCGGUCUUCAAGAAGAGGGGCUGAACUUGAUUGCUCCAUUCCUCAAUCUCACCUAUAUUCAACGCAACAUCUCUAUGGUCCCAUGGAAUGCACUUGACAAUGAUGCCGGCUUUGGUCUAGCAACCGCAUUUUGCAUCAACGGUGAGAAGCAUGACAUGUGGUCACUGGGCGUGCGCCAAAUUGAUGCAGCGACACAUAUCAAUUAUUUCAAUGAACUCGCCAAAUUUUACACGGAUUAUCCCUCCGCUGCGGGAAGUACCUGGCAGGUUGAAUACUUCCCUGUUCAAGCAGUCACUGCUGUGGCAGAUUCUCAAACUGCCUACCCUCAUCGAGAGAUCCGGGCGCACGAGAUGUUCUCCUUCAACAUUACCGAUCCCUCAAUUGGAGUUCAGGUCGACAACUUCGCCCUUGCUGCUCUCGAUGCUUUCAACGCCACCAGUGGGUUUGAUGAGAUGCACAUUUACGUCAGCUAUGCUCAUGGUACAGAGGGAUUAGACCCAAUGUAUGGCUCUGGGAAGCUCCCGAAACUGCUGAAACUGAAGCAGAAGUGGGACCCAAAAGGCUUGUUCAGUUACAACAAUGCGUUGCCCAACUAA